GACAACAUGUCUAGGAUAGUUUUAUUAAUUUCACUGGCAGUACUUUUUUCGAAAGGAUUGGCUGCUCAUUUCCAUGUAGAUCCAAAUUUUGCAACAAAACCGUCUCCCGAAGUCGGUGAACGAAUGCGUAAUUAUGAUCGAAGUGUGAAUAAGACCUAUGCUUUCGAACUAGGCAUCGACUACUACUACCAAGGUGACAUUAUACUUCGACCCAGUGCCCAGCAGAAUGCCAUAUCGUUGAUGAAAAAACCGGAUGGAAAGUGGCCGAAUGCAGAGGUGCCUUAUAAGAUUAUUGGAUCAUUCACUCGCCAUCAACUUGCCAACAUAAGCACUGCAAUGGAGCAGUUUGCAGACACAACUUGUAUUAGAUUCGUUAAACGUACAAAUGAGGAUAUUUAUGUAAAAAUUGACAGUAGUGACACUGGCUGUUGGUCAAACGUUGGACGAGCCUCGAAAGACGAUAACACUGUAGUGAACUUAGGAUCAAAAUGUUUCGAAACUGGCACUGUGGUUCACGAGUUGAUGCAUGCUCUAGGUUUCUAUCACGAAUUUGUUCGGCCGGAUCGUGACGAUUAUAUAUGGAUUGAUCGUAGCGCUUUGAAGCCUAAGUUAGAUACAGAUAAAUGGUAUGCCGUGAACUUGGCGAAAAUGUCGUACGAUGAAGUUGAACUAUUCGGAAUACCUUAUUACUACGGUAGUGUCAUGCACUAUUCGAGAUACCUAGGAGCGGAAAGUUAUGAUAAACCAGUGAUGGAUAAUUUGACGUACUGGGAUCGUCCUGAUUUUGGAAAUGAUACUGGCCUUUCGGAUCCUGAUAUUCUUGCACUGAAUUACAUGUACUGUAAUUCUUCAACAACAUUAGCUCCGACUACUACCGCUGCAUCGACUAAGAAAGCUAAAACAACGACGACUACAACCUCGGCAACGACCAAAAAACCUAAGACAACGACGACAACAACGGGAUCAACUACAGCAGCUCCUACAACGACAAAUGCCCCCAUAACUACAACCACUACUAAGGCUACCCCAACCACCAAGAGCCCGAAUACAACACAAAUCUUUCAUCGAUCGGUUCAGUGUAAUGGUAGUUGUAUCAUUACCUUAACAAUUGACAGUGUGCCAGUAGCCUAACACCUAUCGAUAUCACUAUGAAUCUGAUAUAACUUGUCUAUAUGAAUAGGUCAAUAAAUGUUCCUCGUCGUGCAAAA